AUGGUCUCGAUGAUCAAGCAAUCCGGCGGAGCGAGCCUGGUGCUCCUCCUACUGGCCCUCUUCGCCGUGCUGGCUACCGCAACGCCCGUCGCGGCGCCUCAGCUACCCCAAUUCGACCAGCAACAGCAAAUGGGCACGACGGAAGAGCUCGACUUGGCAGCACAGCCGAAGCCACCGAUCCAAGCGCCCUCGCCGGAAAACGGCGGCGCGACCAUCGACCAAGACACCGGGCAGGUGACCAUCAAGAAGCCGCCGGGAGACAACGCGACGGUCACGCUCCCGAUCCAAGCGACGAUAUACCACGGCGUUCCGGGACCCAAGAACUGCCGCGGGCGGCCAAUGGGGGUGGUCGAGCUGCCCGGGCCGGGGAAGGCGCUUGCGUCGCAGGGGGAGCGGUGCUACGACCUCGCCGAGACGGCCAACUGCGGCGUCUUCAUCUCCAACAAGGCCGACGGGUGUGAGGCGCGGCUGUUUAGCGACCCGGGCUGUCGCACGGAGAACUUUGUCAACAUUGUCGUCUUCAUGCCGGAGCAUCGCGCCGUCGGAGGUGUGUGGAGAAGCAUGGGUAUUCGGUGCGGCGUGCCUGAGCCCGACCCGGCCACGCUCGGAGAGCCGCCGCUGGCCCAGUACAUGAAGCAAACACCCAAGAAGCCCAAGGGAGGCAAGGGGCCCGGCGUUAUUCCGGUGCAGCCAACUACUUAG